AUGGGUGUCUUGUCGAGAAUAGCAUCUAAGCGGUCAACGCUCACAACAAAGAAUACUGAUGUCACGACCGCAGCUCAACUUACUCUGCGGCAGAGUUUGUGGCCGCUGAGUAUCGUGACGAUCCUGUUCUUCCUCUGGGUUUGCAAGCAGCAUACUUCGGGUGCGGCCAGGACUCGUCCGUCUGACAAUACAAACAAAUCGCUGACAGGCACGGCAGAGCAUAUCCGCUGGCGUCUCUCGGAUAUGCAAACUGGAUGCUUCGCCACUGGGGGAAGACUUGCAAGAGCCCAGGUGCACGAGAACACUGCUAAGUGGUUGCAGGUGGCCAGCCGGCGUCUAUCCGGACUCGGGUCUCUCGAAACAGCGGCAAACCCAUAUCUUUCAGUCUGUGGCCCUCCUCGGUACUCCGAACUUCGCAUCAACUUCGCCCAAGCCUUCAACGCGAUCGGGACGGUCAUUGGUCCUGUGCUUGGCUCUUUCAAAGAUACUGGCGACAGUGUUGCCGCCCUCAAAAAUGUACAAUGGGUGUACCUCGGGAUCGCGAUCUUUGUGUUUCUUUUGGCCUUUGUCUUCUUCAUCUCGCAUAUCCCUGAGGUUACGGAUGCCGACAUGGAAUUUCAGGUCCAAGAGACUCACGUUGGUGGAUCGGAGAAGCCGUUCUGGAAGCAAUAUCGGCUUUUCCAUGCCGCAUUUGCUCAGUUUAGCUACACUGGCGCCCAGAUUGCCAUAGCUAGCUACUUCAUCAACUAUGCUGUCGAUACCCGUCCAGGCACUGACAGCGCGACCGGGGCGAAGUUGCUGGCGGGCGCUCAAGGUGCAUUCGCCGUCGGUCGCUUCUCAGGGACGUUCUUGAUGAAGUUCGUCAAGCCACGAUACGUCUUCCUGGCUUACCUGACUGGAGUCGUUGCCUUCUUGGGAGCUGCGACUGGUGCGAGACAAAAUGCUGGAAUUGCAAUGUUAUACCUAACACUCUAUUUCGAGUCAAUCUGCUUCCCCACGAUCGUGGCGUUGGGCAUUCGUGGACUUGGGCGACAUUAUAAGCGUGGAUCCGGCUUCAUCGUCGGCGGUGUUUGCGGCGGCGCCUGUAUCCCUUCCCUCCUGGGGAAGGUAGCCGACAUGCACAACGACACCGGCAUUGCCAUGAUUGUGCCGACUGCGUUCAUGAUUGCCGCCGAGACAUACGCUCUUGCAGUGAACUUCGUGCCCGCAUACCGAAUCCCUGCCGACAUGGUGGGGAGCAGCACCAUUGGUAUUCAGACCGCGCAGGACACGGGUGACGUGGAGAAGUCGGAGGCCACGGGUGUCGCACGGGGAAUUGAUGGCUCUGAGGUCGUUGAGAUCCAGAAGCUCGAAGCAGGGCACACGUCGAUACAUUGA